GCAAUGAAGCAGCCCAUAGGAAGUGGGUGCCCCCAGGGAGUUGAGAAACUGUGACACAAGGUGAGAGCUGGCUUCCUCUGCCCCAUUAGAGCUGGGAGACUCUUCGGAGUCAAAGGCCAGAGAGCAUGGAGCUGAGUGGAGCCACCAUGGCCCGGGGGCUUGCUGUCCUACUAGUCUUGUUCCUGCGUAUCAAGGACCUGCCUGCCCAGUCUGCUGAUACCUGUCCAGAGGUGAAGGUGGUGGGCCUGGAGGGCUCUGACAAGCUCACCAUUCUCCGAGGCUGCCCGGGGCUGCCCGGAGCCCCAGGGCCAAAGGGAGAGGCAGGCGCCAAUGGAAAGAAUGGAGAACGCGGUGUCCCUGGAGCCCCUGGAAAGGCGGGACCAGUGGGACCCAAAGGAGACCGAGGAGAGAAGGGGAUGCGUGGAGAGAAAGGAGACGCUGGGCAGUCUCAGUCUUGUGCGACAGGUCCACGCACCUGCAAGGACCUACUAGACCGAGGGCACUUCCUGAGCGGCUGGUACACCAUCUACCUGACCAACUGCCAGCCGCUGGCUGUGCUCUGUGACAUGGACACGGACGGAGGGGGCUGGACCGUUUUCCAGCGGAGGAUGGAUGGCUCUGUAGACUUCUACCGGGACUGGGCCGCGUACAAGCAGGGCUUUGGCAGUCGGCUGGGGGAGUUCUGGCUGGGGAACGACAACAUCCACGCGCUGACCGCCCAGGGUAGGGCCACUGCUGGAGCUCAGGGAUCGGGGGGCCCUGAGGUGCCCCUGCCCCUUAGGCCUAGGCCACCAGGAACAUUUGAGGGCAAUCGCCAGUUUGCUAAGUACAGAUCAUUCAAGGUGGCCGGCGAGGCGGAGAAGUACAAGCUAGUACUGGGAGGCUUUGUUGAGGGCAGUGCGGGUAACGCUCUAGGGGCCCAAAACAACCACUUCUUCUCCACCAAAGACCAAGACAAUGAUGUGAGUUCUUCGAAUUGUGCUGUGAAGUUCCAGGGAGCCUGGUGGUACGCUGACUGUCAUGCUUCAAAUCUGAAUGGUCUCUACCUCAGAGGACCCCAUGAGAGCUAUGCCAACGGCAUCAACUGGAGUACGGCAAAGGGGUACAACUAUAGCUACAAGGUAUCGGAGAUGAAGGUGCGGCCCGCCUAGCUGGGCCAGGACCCCUCCACACGCACCUGCUGGUGGGGAGGCCACACCCACAAGCGCUGCGGCAUGGAAGUUACCCCGUUUCCCCAGCCAGACGCACUCCCACGACGCCCACAGCUGCCCCCUUUGCCCCCAGCCCGGUCAAUCUGCCACAUGCCCACAACCUCACCAGAGGGAGAAUUAUGCUUCUAAAUAUGUUUGCUUUGGGACAGACAUGUUUUUGCAGUUUCCGUAUGUGUUUCUUGAACACCAGUGGUUUUGAUCACUUUCCUGCAUCUGUUGCACGGCAGGUGUUUCACUGGAAUUUGCUAAGUCAGGAAGAGUCAGGACCCUCAUUUAGCAGAUGGCAUUACUGAUGUUCAGGGAGGAUGAGUGACUUUUGCAAGGAUUUUCCACCUCCAGUAAUUGACACAGGGCGAUCCUCAUCUCCCUCCCCAGGCCUCCCCCGUUCCCCCAGGCCUCACUCACAGCACUUCACACUCCUUGAGAAAAGUCACUUUGGGGUCCAGAAAACACGUAUUAAAAAGGGGGAAGUUUAGUAGGAACUUUUCUGCUUCCCACCACGGCAGAGUUCAUGCUUUGGACCGGCUGGCUGCUGAGAAGAGAUAAACACUUAGCACUCACCCCCAGGAAGACAGCGCCUGGUCAGCCACCUGCACAGAGAAGAUUCCGAAGAGGCCUUCCUCCCACACACAGACCUCAGCUAGGGGGGACCGCGGACCUCAGAGGGAAAUACUGCACAAGGCUGCUAGGAGAUGAUGGAGAAGGGGCUUCUCCAGCUCCCAGGCCCGGGAGAUUUCUCAGCCAUGACUUAAGAGGCAUCAAAGGGAAAGUGGCAAGUGUGACCCCAUUCCAAUCAAGAGCUCCCACUUACCAAAGGACACUAAGAGAACCAAAGGAAGGCCAGAGGGGCAGAAUCGCUGAGUGGCACACACAUCUUUAGUUUUCCACUACUGCCACAACCAGUCACCACAAAUGGAGUGGCUUGAAACAACAGGAACUCGUCACCUCCUGGCUCAGUAGGUCUGGAGUCCCAGGGCCUUACUAGGCCAGCAAGAAAGACUCAGCAGUGGCAGGUCCUUCCAGGGUUCUAGGGGACAACCUGCUUCCUUGCCUUUUCCAGCCCCAGGGGUCACUGGCAUUCAUUGGCUGGGACUCCUUCCCCCAACCCCAAAGCCAGCGGCACCACAUGUCUCUGACCCUUUGUGCUUUGUCACCUCUACCCCCGAGCCCCACGAGACAGUCUCUCCACUCCUGAGACUCACGGGAUUAGAGUAGGCCUACCUGGAUAAUCUAGGAUCCUCUCCCAUGUCCAGAUCUCUAUCCCCAACCACAUCAGCGAAGUCUCUUUUGCCAUAGAAGGCAUUUGCAGGCUCUCAGUUUGUGUGUAUUAGGGCAGGACAUCUUUGGCUGAGCAGUGGUGGGGGCGGGGAAUUAUUCUGCCUACCAGGCCCUAUACAAAAAUAAAUAUAUCACAGGUUUCUAUCUGAAAGGAUUCCUGCAAAUAAUAAAAGAAUUAGAGCAGCUCAGUUAAAAAAAAAAAAAAAGGUAUGAGACGUGAAGAGACACUUCACAGAAGAUGACAUGCAGAGGA